AAAAGGUCAAAUGUCAGGUCACAAGAACUAUUACUGGUUAUUACAUAUAUUUCAAAGUGAUAUUCAAAGAACCUUUCAGCGAUCAUCUUCUACUGACAGUAUGAAAUAACGACGGAUUCAGCUGGCGUCAAAUAUUCACUGUAUUUAUCAUGUUCACCAAGUGUAGAAGUAAGUGACUAGUGUUCGACUCCUUCUUGAUUGAUAAAAAACAUUUACACAACUGCUUACAUAAACAAAUUGCCGGUAAUUUGACGCUUGACAAACAAACAGCUCAUUCUGGACUAUGAAUUCUCCGGAGACAAUGAUAAUUUUCGCUGAAACACCAAGAAACAUAUUUAUUGAAUGUCAAACACUCAAACAAAACUAUUCCUUCAUACAAAAUUUACGGUGUAUCUCCUCGAAUGUAAUCGGUGCAAUCGUGGGCUACCUACUGCCUGUCUACAGCAUACCCUGUAUCCUCGCCAACCUCUUCAUCGCUAUCACUGUGAUGUUCAGAUGGAGGACAGCAGCACGUCAAUUGAUUUAUAUCUCAGGAAUUUGUUUAUCCAGUGCUACAGCCGAUGUCUUCUUCAUAUGGUUAUGGCAGUACCCUGCCUUUGGUUUACCGUAUACAACAAACGGCACGAAAUUCUUCACACUGGUGAACGUCUCCCCGACAGCUUGUCGUUUCCACCGUUUUGUCUAUUCAUCCAGUGCCACGCUGAUGUGUAACAUGCGUGUUUGCUCCUCGCUGGACAGGUGUCUGGCUAUCUACGUGCCAAUAAAGCUAAAACGCUUCCAUCAUAUAUACGCUUGGUUCGUGUAUGGAUUUAUGGUGUGUUUCAGUGCAUUACUCAUGCUACCAUUAGCUACAGAAAUCGAUUGGGUCCCGUCGAAAUCCGGUAUCAAAUGUUGGUUUCGUAACAGCAAUAAAGUUUACCUACAACUUCAUCAUGCCUUUUUGUCAAAUUUAGGACCAAUUCAAACUAUACUACUCAUUAUCAUCGAUUUAGCCUUUGUUGUGAAAUUUCGUCAACAUUUUCAUAAGCACACAAACAUGGAGAAUGCAACAGAUAGAAAAAGGAAAGACAAUAAAAAGUUCAAUCGUUAUCGACUGUUGUUUAUCUCAGCAGCGUCUUACACCCUACUGGCUACAGUCCAGUGUAUAUUCUUAUCGAUUGCUCGUCUGACCAGUGUUCAUAUCAUCAAAUUUGAGAAAGGCCUUGCUUAUAAUGUCUCAGAUAUUUUAUGGUAUUUAAAUAUUCUCAGGGAAGUGUUAGACUUUGUCAUAUAUCAAAAGUGCUUUAGAAUAUUUGACGUUAUUCUUUUGAAGCUGUCUGUUAUUAGUUUCUGGCGUACACUGACCACUAGGUCAAGUAGUCUUUACACUGGAACCGGAAUGACUACAGAGUAA